GCGGUGCCCGGAGCAGAGUCCGGCUGCGUCGUGCGGGCGAUACGCGUCUCCUUCUCCUCUGCAUCUGCGCCAGGCGCGCUCUCUCCCGCCCCGCCGCCGGCCCCUGGUGCUCCCGGCAGCCUGAGCCCCCAGUAUGUGGUCCAGCCUGAAUGAGUGGCUAUGGCAGGAGAGGUUCUGGCUACCACCCAACAACUCAUGGGCUGUACUGGAGGACCGCGAUGGCCUGGUCUACGCCCACCCCCGGGACAUGCUGAUGGCCCUGCCCCUGGCUCUGGCCCUGGUGGCCGUGCGCUUCACCUUCGAGAGAUUCAUAGGCCUGCCCCUGAGCCGGUGGCUGGGUGUGCGGAACCAGACCAGGAGGCUGGUGAAGCCCAAUGCCACGCUGGAGAAACACUUCCUUAUGGAAGGGCAGAGACCCACAGAGCCCCAGAUGAGCCUCCUGGCGACCCAGUGUGGGCUCACCCUGCGACAGACCCAACACUGGUUCCGGAGACGCCGGAACCAGGACCGGCCCUGCCUGACCAAGAAGUUCUGUGAGGCCAGCUGGAGGUUCGCCUUCUAUCUGUGCUCCUUCAUCGGUGGAAUCUCGGUUCUUUACCACGAAUCGUGGCUGUGGACGCCGGUAAUGUGCUGGGACAGUUACCCACAGCAGCCCCUGAAGCCGGCCCUGUACCACUGGUAUCUCCUGGAGCUGAGUUUCUACGUCUCUCUGCUGAUCACGCUGCCCUUCGACACCAAGCGCAAGGAUUUCAAGGAGCAGGUGGCACAUCACUUUGUGACCAUCACCCUGAUCGUCUUCUCCUACAGCACGAAUCUGCUGCGCAUCGGCUCUCUGGUGCUGCUAUUGCACGACUCCUCCGACUACCUGCUGGAGGCCUGUAAGUUGUUCAACUACACGCACUGGCGGCGCGUGUGCGACGCUCUCUUCAUCAUCUUCUCGUUGGUCUUCUUCUACACUCGCCUCGUGCUCUUCCCCACCCAGAUCCUCUAUACCACAUACUACGAGUCCAUUGCCAACUCGGGCCCCUUCUUCGGCUACUACUUUUUCAACGUGCUUCUGAUGACGCUACAGCUGCUGCACGUGUUCUGGUCUUGCCUUAUCCUUCGCAUGAUCUACAGCUUCAUAAAGAAAGGCCAGAUGGAGAAGGAUGUUCGCAGCGACGUGGAAGAGUCAGACUCCAGCGAUGGGGAGGCAGCCCAGGAGUACCCGCAGCUGAAGAACAGGGCGGCUCACCGGCCCGGAGCAGCCCCCACCGAUGGCCCUCGGAGCCGGGCAGCCAGGCGGAUGGCCAACGGGCACACACCAGCCACGUAGCCGGCCGAGGACUGACCACAAGGGGCUGCCCCAGCACCCGGCAGCUCGGAUUCGUGGGGCGGCUGGACUGGGGACCCUUGGGCCGAUUCUGUGGAGACAGGGAGGGCCCCACCCCAGGGGCAGAUGAUCUGUCUCCAGCCCCUUCCUUCUGCCCACCCUCCCUCCUUCCCUCAGGCAAAUGGACAGAGCUGCAGCCGGGGGAGAGAGGGGUACAGGCAGCCCGGCAACUGUGAAGAGCCCCAGGCUGAAAGGGGGUCCAAUAAAACUUGACCGGAGCCAACUUCUCUGCCUGAGAGCUUGUGUCCCUGUCACAGCUCCUCAUCCAUCCCCAGAGGCCCCAAGGCAGCCAGGACUUACAUACCUCACCAAUGGGUCACUCACUGCCACCCCAAGACACAGGCCCACCCCCAGGGGACCCAGACAGUGCGCAGCGCGUGGGGACCCCCUGGGGUGAGUCCCCACCUCCCAGCAGAGCCUCAGCCAAGCUACCUCCUUCCACCCCAGGGCAGCCCUUGGUCAGCUACUCACAGACCUUGCGUACAGAUGAGCAGGUGCUGGGCUCAGACAGGUGGAGUCCUUUGCCCAAAGUCACACAGGUCCAAACAGAAGGGCGAAGGGGAGACUCACACCUGUUCCUGCAGCCCCUGCUCAAGCCUGGCAGAUCCCCGUCCUCAGGGUCCCCAGGACCUCCCUGGAGACAGUGAAAUAGGACUUCGUGGGAGGGCAACUUCCUGCAGGCUUCCCAAGGGUUCAGCCGGCUGAUUUCACUGUCUCCUCAGGAGCUCUGCAGGAGGGUGCCCCCCCAACACCCCAGAAAUCACUGCCACAAGGUCCCACGCAGGGCCAGAAUGUGCUGCCUUCAGGGGAACACCAGAGACAGGAGUCGGAGAAGAGAGAGAAAGGGUGGGGGGACGGGUCUCACCUUCUGUGCUUCUCAACAGAGGAGAGGAUGGGAGCGGGGAGAGAUGGCAGAGAGGAGAAAGGUCCC